UCGUCAUGCAGCGUCAGUUUGGAGUCGCACAAUUAUGAAAAAGCAACCUUCCGUUGGAGCUGCAGCCGAAGCGGAUCUCUCCAACGUCCACCGGGCUUUCCUUCCAAGGCUAACAGAGAGCACCGCCGAUAGAUGGAUAAAAGCCACGACACAGCUCUUCCUGAGUCUCAACGGUGAAGAGAAUGUCCCAGAAACCCUGGAUAGAAAGCACUUUCACCAAGAGGGAAUGUGUGUACAUACUUCCAGUGUCAAAGGACCCCCACAGAUGCCUUCCAGGAUGCCAGAUUUGCCAACAGCUAGUCCGGUGCUGCUGUGGGCGGCUAGUGCGGCAACAUGUUGGCUUCACAGCCAGCUUGGCCUCGAAGUACUCGGACGUGAAGCUGGGUGAAAACCCCAACCUGUCCAUGCCCGCGGCGGAGGAGUGGUCGGUGGAACAACACACAGAGGCGAGCCCCACUGACGCCUAUGGUGUCGUCAACUUCCAGGGAGGGUCUCACUCGUACAGAGCCAAGUAUGUGCGUUUGUCCCACGACUCACAGCCGGAGAGCAUCCUGCGGCUGAUGCUGAAGGAGUGGCAUAUGGAGCUUCCUAAGAUUCUCAUCUCUGUCCAUGGAGGAGUUCAGAACUUUGAGCUGCACCCACGCAUUAAGCAGGUGGUGGGCAAGGGCCUUAUCAAAGCUGCAGUCACUACCGGGGCCUGGAUUCUCACCGGAGGGGUCAAUACAGGUGUGGCAAAGCAUGUGGGAGAUGCUCUCAAAGAGCACUGUUCAAGAUCAUCAAAGAAGAUUUGCACUAUCGGGAUCGCACCCUGGGGAGUCAUUGAAAACAGAAAUGACCUCAUUGGCAGAGACAUUAUCGCUCCGUAUCAGACGCUGCUGAACCCUCUAAGCAAACUAAACGUUCUCAACAAUCUGCAUUCACAUUUCCUCCUGGUGGAUGAUGGGACGGUGGGCAAGUACGGCGCUGAGGUCAACCUGCGGCGGGAGCUAGAGAGGCACAUCAACCUCCAAAGAAUACAUGCACGAAUUGGUCAGGGAGUUCCUGUUGUGGCCCUGAUCUUUGAGGGGGGUCCCAAUGUCAUCCCGACUGUGCUGGAGUACCUUCAGGAGAGCCCUCCUGUGCCAGUGGUGGUGUGUGAGGGGACUGGUCGUGCUGCUGACAUACUGGCCUACAUCCACAAGCAGACCGAGGAAGGAGGCGGUCUUCCUGAUGGAGUGGAGACUGACAUCAUCGCAACCAUCAAGAAAACCUUUAACUUCAGCAAGAGCGAUGCCAUCCAUCUCUUUCAGACUCUGAUGGAGUGCAUGAAGAGCAAAGAAUUGAUCACUGUGUUUCACAUCAGCUCCGAGGAGCACCAGGACAUUGAUGUAGCCAUUCUGAGAGCUCUACUCCAAGGUACAAACGCGUCAGCCUUUGAUCAGCUGGUCCUGACUCUGGCCUGGGACCGGGUAGACAUUGCCAAGAAUCACGUGUUUGUGUACGGACAGCAGCUCCUGGUGAGCUCUCUGGAGCAAGCCAUGCUAGAUGCACUCGUGAUGGACAGGGUGGAUUUUGUCAAGUUGCUCAUUGAAAACGGUGUGAGCAUGCACCGUUUCCUGACAAUCAGUCGGCUGGAGGAGCUCUACAACACGAAACAACCUACCAGCAACCCAACUCUCCUCCACCUGGUUAGAGAUGUGAAACAGAGUCAUCUGCCUCCAAACUAUAAGAUCACUUUGAUUGAUGUGGGCCUGGUUAUUGAGUACCUGAUGGGCGGGACUUACAGGUGCAACUACACCAGGAAACGCUUCCGAAUCAUUUACAACAAUCUUCAUGGCAACAGUAGGAGGUCGGAGCGCCACACAGCAGGUUCUGGUACUCAUUUGAGGAAAAGUCACGAGACUUUUAGCAUGCAGGCUGACAAGAAGGAGAAGACGAGGCACAACCACUUCAUCAAAACAGCACAGCCGUACAAACCUAAGCUUGAGUCCACCACUGAGCAGAACAAAAAGAGAAGCAAAGAAGAGAUCGUGGACAUAGACGACCCAGAGACACGGCGGUUUCCCUACCCUUUCAAUGAGCUGCUGGUGUGGGCUGUGCUGAUGAAGAGGCAGAAAAUGUCGCUGUUCUUUUGGCAGCACGGCGAGGAGAACAUGGCAAAGGCACUGGUGGCCUGUAAGCUUUGCCGAUCUAUGGGCUACGAGGCCAAGAAGAGCGACGUGGUGGAUGACACCUCAGAGGAGCUCAAGGAGUACUCAAAUGAUUUUGGGACGUUAGCCGUGGAUCUGCUGGAGCAGUCGUUCAGGCAGGACGAGACCAUGGCCAUGAAGCUGCUGACCUAUGAGCUGAAGAACUGGAGCAACUCCACCUGUUUGAAGUUGGCUGUCUCCUCCCACCUACGGCCCUUUGUGGCACAUACCUGCACCCAGAUGCUGCUGUCAGACAUGUGGAUGGGGAGGCUGAACAUGCGCAAGAACUCCUGGUACAAGGUGAUUCUGAGUAUUUUGGUGCCUCCUGCCAUACUACUGUUGGAGUACAAAUCCAAAGCCGAGAUGGCUCACAUCCCUCAGAGUCAGGACGACCACCAGAUGACCAUGGAGGACAGCGAACACAACUUCCAGAACAUAGCUGAAGACAUCCAAAUGGAUGUGUUCAAAGAGGCCAGAUCCCACGACCAUGUGGAGGCGAAGAAUGACAUGGAGACACACAUUCGCUCCAGAAAGCUGCCCAUAACCAGAAAAAUAUAUGCCUUCUACCACGCUCCCAUUGUCAAGUUCUGGUCCAACACGCUCUUCUACCUAGGCUUCUUGAUGGUCUACACGUAUGUUGUCCUGGUGAAAAUGCCCAAAUGGCCUUCUCCUCAAGAGUGGGUGGUCAUCCUCUACAUAUUCUCCUCUGCCAUUGAGAAAAUUCGAGAGAUGUUUAUGUCUGAAGCAGGCAAAAUAAGCCAGAAGAUAAAAGUGUGGUUCAGUGACUAUUUCAAUGUGUCAGACUUUCUGGCCAUUCUCACCUUCUUUAUUGGUUUUGGCCUGAGGCUGGGUGGAGGCGAUGCCUUCGUCCCUGGGAGGACGGUGUAUUGUCUCAAUAUCAUCUUCUGGUACGUGAGACUCAUGGAUAUCCUGGCUGUCAACCAGCAAGCUGGACCGUACGUUAUGAUGAUUGCUAAAAUGGUGGCCAACAUGUUUUAUAUUGUGGUAAUAAUGGCUAUAGUCCUGCUGAGCUAUGGCGUACCCAGGAAAGCCAUUCUGUACCCAGAAGAGGAGCCCAGCUGGAAACUGGCCAAAGAUGUGGUCUUCCAGCCGUACUGGAUGAUGUACGGGGAAGUGUAUGCCUAUGAAAUCGAUGUGUGUGCCAAUAACAGUGAAGACUCAGUAAAGCCCCUGUGUACGGCAGGAGUGUGGCUGACUCCUCUCCUACAAGCGGUCUACCUCUUUGUACAGUAUAUACUAAUGGUCAACCUCCUCAUCGCCUUCUUCAACAAUGUGUACAUGCAAGUGAAGUCUAUUUCUAAUCUGGUGUGGAAAUACCAGCGCUACCACUUUAUUAUGGCCUACCAUGAGAAGCCUGUCCUCCCACCCCCCUUCAUCCUCCUCUGCCAUAUCUACUCCCUCUUCUGCAUGUGUAGAAAGAGGAAGAAAGAGAAUACCUACGGACCAAAGCUGUUUCUCACAGAGGAAGACCAAAAGAAGCUUCAUGAUUUUGAGGAACAGUGUGUGGAGACAUACUUUCAUGAAAAGGAUGACCAGUUUCACUCGGGGAGCGAGGAGCGCAUACGUCUUACCUCAGAAAGGGUUGAGACCAUGUGUAUGCAGCUGAGGGAGGUUGGGAACAAAGUCAACUUUAUAAAACGCUCUUUGCACACACUGGACUCCCAGAUCGGCCACCUACAGGACCUCUCAGCUCUGACUGUGGACACUCUAAAGACCCUCACUGCUCAGAGGGCAUCCGAGGCCAGCAAGGUCCACAAUCAGAUCACCCGGGAACUCAGCCUUUCGAAGAAUGUGGUCCCCAGCAUCGCAGCAGACACGGGCCCCCACUCAAAAUCGUCCGUAAUAGGCAAACGCAGUGUGGGGGGCUACUUCGGCUCCUCUUUUCCCCAGGCCGGAGCCAAUAUUGCAGAUUCUCUUUUUGGGAUUGGUGUAGGGGGAGGGCCUGGGACGGAAAGUAGCCGGAGAGUUGGGCCCAGCCCCGGAGCAGGACUGGGGCUGGACCCCAACCUGAAUCCAUUGAGUCCAGAGAGGAGGGGGUUGUUUGGGUUUGGUCACCUUGCUACAGAGGCUGGCUCCUCAGGCAGUGCUGGCUCCAGUGCCUUUGUCCAAAGUGGUAUGGCCAUUUCCCCUCCAGAGCUCCAUCUCCGAGGCCACUCUCUCACCCAGAGUAAGCUGACCCGUCCACUAGAGCCUGGCUUGUCCGACUCCCCAUCCAGCCUGCCCAGUGUGCCCUCCCCCGGGGCUCAGUUCCACAUCAGCAGCACCCCUUCCCAGCCCAGUGGCUCCAGCCACCCUGAACAUGCCCUAGCUGGGCUUUGCCAGCAGCCCCUCCAACCAGACAGCACCACUGUAGAGUUUGGGGCGUUUGUGGGACAUAAAGAGAGUUUGGACCUCCAGCACUCCACACCCAAAGAGACCUCCAGCAGAGAGCUAAGCCCGGCCACACAGAGCAGAUCACAGGCUCAGCCUGAAGGUCACGGUCACAUCAGAGCAGUCAACUCUUACGCUGGCUUCACAGAGUUUGACAGAAACCCAGCUUUUCUCCAUCCUGACUCCACUCUGACAAAGAAGGACAGGAGCAGAGUGUCAGCUGAAGACAUCCUCAUCCAUGAGGACCCCAGGACUGCAGUACUGGAAAGAGUUCAGGUGAAAUCAGCCCAAGCCAGCAACAUACAAGCCCCCGGGGAAGAUGCAGUAAAUGCCGCAGUUUCUCUCUACACGCCACGACACACCCACCUCGGAGCCAGAAAGGACUUAGUACAGAGACAUCUGCUGGUGGAUGCUGGUGGAACAGCUCAGGCUAUUGGCUCACCUUUCAAGCCCGUGGAAAGCUACCAGUACUCAGCUGUGGAGCGCAACAACUUGAUGAGGCUGUCCCACAGUAUCCCCUUCACCCCUGUGCCCCCCAGAGGGGAGCCGGUAACUGUGUACCGUCUGGAGGAGAGCUCCCCCAACACUAUCAACAACAGCAUGUCUUCCUGGGCUCAGCGGGGCCUCUGUGCCAAAAUAGAGUUCCUCAGCAAGGAGGAGAUGGGCGGAGGACUCAGACGGGCCCUCAAGGUGCUCUGCACUUGGUCAGAGUAUGACAUCCUGAAACCAGGACAUCUGUAUAUAGUCAAAUCCUUCCUUCCUGAGGUGGUCCAAACCUGGCAGAGCAUCUACAAGGAGGAUACUGUGCUGCAUCUUUGUCUCAGGGAAAUUCAACAACAACGAGCUGCUCAGAAGCUGACAUUUGCCUUCAACCAAGUCAGGCCGAAAACCAUCCCUUACUCACCAAGAUUUCUGGAGGUGUUUCUGCUCUACUGCCACUCUGCCGGACAGUGGUUUGCGAUAGAAGAGUGCAUCACCGGGGAGUUCAGGAAGUUCAACAACAACAACGGAGACGAGAUUGUCCCCACCAACCUCCUGGAGGAAACCAUGCUGGCCUUCAGCCACUGGACCUACGAGUACACCCGCGGAGAGCUGCUGGUGCUCGACCUCCAGGGUGUUGGAGAGAUUCUGACAGAUCCAUCAGUUAUUAAGAGUGGGGAGAAGGGAUCUUAUGAUAUGAUAUUUGGCCCUGCCAACCUGGGGGAUGAUGCCAUUAGGAACUUCCGAGCAAAACACCACUGCAACUCCUGCUGUCGGAAACUCAAACUUCCCGAUCUGAAGCGGAAUGACUACACGCCAGAUAAGGUGACGUUCCCCUAAGAGGACCCUCCAAAACUAGGGGGCGCUGUCAAAGAGUCCCACCACUCAGCGAGGUGGAUGUUGGGAUGGUUUAAAGCGAGGGGGAGGGAGAGAGUUAACGAUCACAAGGAAACAGUGUUCUGUUUAGUCAAAGCCAAGGAGCAGAGAGGCGCAUCCAAUCAACUGGAAGAAUCACAACUGUGUUUCCAUCCAUCUUCCAUCUUAACCUUUGAGGAAAAAAAGUUUCAAACAUAUUUUGUACAAGUUGUGUGUGAACACAUACAUACACACAUAUAUAUAUAUAUAUAUAUAUAUAU